AGUAUGUGUGUGUGUGGAUUUUCCAACCCUCUGGGGUGAGGACAGAGGGAGGAGGGAGGAGGGAGGAGGAGUCUGUCAUCUAUAAAACAUCCAUGAGCAGCUGCAGUGUUUCGUAGUCGAGCAGCGACUGAGAGCUCCGGCCCGUUCCUGUUGGUCCCGUUGCUCCACUUGGAUAACGAUGCGGCUCCCUAACGUCAGUAUUUUUCGAGGCCAGCGAGCUCAAGCCGAGAACGCCGUGCCUGAUGGACACCAACCACCCAAAGAGGAGGAGACACAAAGAGCAGUCCUCACAUUUCAACAAACCCUUGAGGCUCAGCUCUUGAGCGAGGCCAGCCAGAUGCUGAUUCAGAGAGAGGAGCGUCUGUUCGGGGAGAUAACGGAAGCCGAGGCGCUCGUACAUCACGAGGAGGAAAAAGACAAGCUGGCUGGCGACUACGCAGAGCUGGAAGGCCUCCUGCUGCAGACGCUGGAGACUUCUCUCGUCCCGGGAGAGGUCAGCAUCGAGGCCCUGACGUCCGCCGUGAAGGCCAUCGUCCAAGAGGGGGAACAAGACCUGCGGUGGAAACAGAGGGCCGGGACACCACCGGCCUGGAGGCCCAAAUGCUGGAGGAAGCUCCACGAUGAGAAGCUCCGCAGCCUGGUGGAGCAGCGCAUGGACAACCCCUCGACGCCUCCGCCCGCAGGGAACCAGUCAUCUAUCCAGGCGGACAUCCACAGCCUGGGCAGGCAGCUGAAGGAGGAUCUGCUGUGGGUGGAGCAGGUGGUGAAGAGGUGCUACCCACGUCAGCUGGACAUCUGUAACUUUUACGCCAAGCUGUACCACCAGAACCUCAGCAGCCGACUCAGAAAGAUUGCAGAGUUCGUUCUGGACAACAAGGACUGCACUUUCCUCCUGCGCUGGGUGAACGAGUUCUAUCCAGAAAUCCUUCAGAAGCCGGAGUUCGCCGGUGAGAUCGACGCUGCAGCGCUGGGAAAGCUGCUGCCGAAUGACUUACUGGCACCUCUGGAGGAACAGUUCCUGAGCAAACAGCAGGAUGAGCUGACGACUUACGUCGGUCGUGUCCUGGAGGAAGCGAAGAAGAAGUGGAGCGCAGGAGAGGAGCCGACGAGAGAGGACGACUGCUUCGUCAGUCCGGUCGCCUACGACAUCAUUCAGGGAGUCCACGGCAUGGUGACCUCGGCUGCAAAGAUCGUUGGAGACCAGCCCAAAGCCCAGAUCAUCACUAACCCACUGAAAGAUCUCAUGCAAAGGUUCAACAGCUUCCACACCGACAUCAUGAAGCAAAAAAAGCCGAACAGCCGCUCGUUCAUCAAGGCCAACCUGGGCUGCAUCGAACAGUUCCGCGACGUCUUCCAGAAGAAUAGUCAUCUGUUCCAGGAGGACGUUCGGACGUCGUGUGCGCUCAUUCUGGACGAGAUGAAACAAUCCGGCCACACGUUUUUAUUAAAGCCUGUGCACGACGCCCUCAAGCCGCAGUAUCGCAAGUUGGGAACCAGCGACUGGCUGAAUAAGAACUCGUUCGAGACGCUGCUGAACAGCAUCACAGAGGAGGUUCAAGAUCUUCAGGGUUCGACGGAAGCCAGUCACGAGAAGCUGAUUGGCCAGCUGCACCAGGAAGUGACAACAGAAUACGUGAAGCGGCUCCUGAAGGGGGAAGUGAAGCUGAAGGACCGCGAGAUGCAGCUGAAGGCCUUCAAAACCGUGAAGAGCGACGCUGAGAGCCUCCACGAGUUGUUCUCCAGCAUGGGAUCGAAGGAGGGUUGGUUGAAGGAAGUCCUGAUCAAGAUCGCAGAGGUGCUGAAACUCCAAGACUGCACCUCCGUUCAGAUGGAAGUCGUGUCGCUGGGGACGGCUUUCCCCGACCUCAGUGCGAGACACGUUUCGGCGCUGCUCAAGCUCAAGACAAACUUCACGAGGAGCAACAGGAGAGCCGUGAAAGAGACGCUGCUGGAGGCGCUGGAGGUCGCCGGCUGCACCGACAACCGCCCGUUUUUCUGCAGCGUUCAGGUCAAAUGAGCAGCGCGGCUCUUCGGUUCUACAAACGCUGGAUCGUACGGCGAUCGAUCGUCUGCAGACCGGCUGUGAAACAAUGAACUGUGUAGUCGUCGUUGUGUGAUGAAUGUUUGAUAAUCGGUUCACGUUGUUGCUGGUUAUUAAGGUGCUUUUCUACUUUUCACUGCUGUGUGUGUGUGUGUGUGUGUGUGUGUGUGUGUGUGUGUGAUAGUGUUCAAAACAUGAAAUCAGUGUUCAUUCUUACAUGUGCAAUAAAGAGAGAGAUCAAGCUGUAAUUUUAUACUUUUAUAUGUUUGCUUGUACAGAAUGUUUUAAAUGUAAGUUAUGUCUUUUUUAAAUAAAUCUGGUGACGGAAACAA